ACAGAAACAGCACGGCAGAUUCACAGCCCCCCCUCCUCCCCGUUCUGUUCCCCCCCACAGCGAGAUCCGACCGCCGACCACUCCGAGCCCCGCCGGACGGAGCCCCGCCGGCGUCCAGAGAGGCGAAGCCGGAGGGAUGGGGUGGGGCGUGGUGGUCUACGAGGGCACGGUGGUGGGGGCGUCGCUGGUGGGGCUGGGGUGGGCGGGGCUGUGGUUCCUCAACCGGCGGCUGUACAAGGAGUACGAGGAGCGGCGGGCGCUGGUGCAGAUCCUCUUCGGCCUCGUCUUCGCCUUCUCCUGCAACCUCUUCCAGCUCGUCCUCUUCGAGAUCCUCCCCGUCCUCUCCAAGCACGCCCGCUUCCUCAACUGGCACCUCGACCUCUUCUGCCUCAUCCUCCUCCUCGUCUUCGUCCUCCCUUACUACCACUGCUACCUGCUGCUCCGCAACUCAGGGGUGAGGAGGCAGCGGGCCUGCCUCGCCGCGGCCCUCUUCCUGACCAUCUUCCUCUACGGCUUCUGGCGCAUGGGGAUUCACUUCCCCAUGCCUUCUCCGGAGAAAGGUUUCUUUACGAUGCCGCAGUUGGUUAGUAGGAUCGGCGUAAUUGGAGUGACUGUCAUGGCUGUUCUUUCUGGUUUUGGUGCGGUCAAUCUGCCAUACAGCUACCUGUCUCUGUUCAUCAGGGAAAUCGAUGAAAUGGACAUCAAAGCUUUGGAACGGCAGCUGAUGCAAUCCAUGGAGUCAUCUAUUGCUAAGAAAAAGAAAAUUAUUCUGUCCAAAAUGGAGAUGGAAAGGAUUCAAGGAUCAGAGGAGAAGCUUAAAGCCAUAUCAUUUCUGAAGCGUAUUGUUGGAACAGUUGUUCGAUCUGUGCAAGAAGAUCAAACUGAGCAGGAUAUCAAAAACUUGGAAGCAGAGGUCCAGGGAUUGGAAGAGCUUUCCAAACAGCUAUUCCUUGAGAUAUAUGAAUUACGUCAAGCUAAGAUAGCUGCUGCUUAUUCCCGAACCUGGAGAGGACAUUUUCAGAAUCUGCUAGGAUAUGCCUUGUCAGUAUAUUGUGUUUAUAAGAUGCUCAAGGCCUUGCAGAGUGUAGUCUUUAAAGCGGCUGGCUCUGUUGAUCCGGUAACCAUGACGAUUACCAUUUUCUUGAGGCAUUUUGAUAUCGGUAUUGAUGUCACACUAUUAUCACAGUACAUAUCUUUGCUGUUCAUCGGGAUGUUGGUUGGCAUAUCUAUCCGAGGUUUCUUGGCAAAUGUUAUGAAGUUCUUCUUUGCUUUUUCUAGAGUUGGGACCGGGUCAACAACGAAUGUUGUCCUUUUCUUAUCUGAGAUCAUGGGCAUGUAUUUCAUAUCAUCGAUUCUUCUGAUAAGGAAAAGCCUGGCAAAUGAGUACAGGGUGAUCAUCACAGAUGUUUUGGGCGGUGACAUUCAGUUUGACUUCUACCACCGCUGGUUUGAUGCCAUAUUCGUGGCGAGUGCCUUCUUGUCCUUGCUUUUGAUUUCAGCCCAGUACACCUCCCGGCAAGCAGACAAGCAUCCAAUUGAUUGACGUGUCUUGUCCCACUUGUGCAUAGUGUUGCUUUUAACCACUAUCUGUCCAAGGUUGACACAUUCUUUAAAGUCAGUUCACAAAGGAGGUUGUUUCUUAGGAGACCUCCACACACAGUUACGGAAAAUAUAGUACACCAGUUAACUCGAAGGCGGCUGUUUGCUUGAAAGUUUGUUCGCGAGUUGGUGUUGAGUCAUGAUUAACAGCUCCUCCAUAGUUUUCAAGCCAUCAGUGCUGGCCCUGCAGUAGUCAGAGAAGUGUUGCGUGGUGAUGUUGCAACGGGGCAGUUUGCAGUGCUUUUAUCAAAACAAGCGAGGAAGCCACCCUCUUAGGAAUGGUGAAGGAUGGUGUAAUAUAGCUUUGGAAUAUAGCUUGUUAGCAUCGUCUGCAGUUGGUGUACCUUCCACAAUUGUUUUGAGCUAUUGUGCAAUAUUUGCCAUAACUUUUAAAAGGAAAAAAAGAUUAUUAGUAUUCA